AUGGCGAACCAACCUUUGCUGUCCGAAUCUCCCUCCAAUCUAUCGGGCCCUCGUUGCCAAAGGGCACAGUCCUUGAUUCCGGCACUGGUAUGCGGGAAAUGUCAGGGAUGGACUUUUGAUUCUACAUUGCACUUGGGUCAUGUUCGCCUCUGCCCAGACUGUCGAGACAGUGUGGACAAGCAAUGCACAUACUGCAGAGGAAGGAUCGACAAGAGCCAGGAACGGUGGGGAUCCGGACUAUGCGACAAGUGCUACCUCAAGUUGCCGCUGUGCAAGGGAUGUGCAAGACGAUUAAAUGUGACUGAAUUGAAGUUCAAAACUGGUCUUUGUGAUCUGUGUUGGAACUCCUGCCGGAAAAAAUGCAGCAUUUGUAAUGAGAAGAUCUCACUUGGAGAGUCAGGCUGGAAGACGGCCAUGUGUGCCGAGUGCUCCCAAAAGAAUGAGGUGAAAUGCAAGAAAUGUCCAAAAAUCAUCUCCCUUGAAGAAAGUGGUUGGAGAACAGGAAUUUGCAAUACCUGCUACGAUGAAAGUGGUGGAUGCAGAUCAUUGGUUUCGCGAAAAAGGCCACACAUCGGGCUCUGCGAUGCCUGCUUCGACCGAUACAACACCACUUGUGUCCGUUGCAAUGAGACCAUUCCUGAUGAUGAGCUGAGAUAUACGUCUGGUUUGUGCGAUUUUUGCUACAAGGAUUGCCACAAGAAGUGCACUAGUUGCCAAAAGAAGAUUCCUUUGAAGCAACUUCGUUGGGGAUCUGGACUCUGCGAUACCUGCUACAACAAGUCUAGAAUGUCGUGCCGCAUGUGCAAUACAGCGAUCAGCAUUGGGAAGACUGAUGCUGUCCGUGGUGUCCGCUUGUGUGGAACUUGCUUCAAAAAGCUUACAGAUACUGCCAAAACUUGCUGCAGAUGCAACGAACGAAGCGUUUUUGUGGGAGACCCGUACUUUGCUUUCGGAAUUUGCAGAGAGUGCUUUGAAGGUGUUGCAGCUGCUCCAAAGUUCGGCCUGGGUUACAUCCGAAAACGGAGAGCAAGGGCGCAUUCUUGGGAUGCUCUACCACCUUUCUACAGUGCGAGACAACGAGCCACAGGACCCAGUGUCACUCUGUACAGCGCGAAAUCGCAAUCGCUUCUGAGCGACAAUCAGCGAGAGCAGAAGUUGAAGGUCAAGGAUGACUCCACGUCGCUGAUCAGAUGGUUUCGAUUUCUUGCCCUUGGUGUCAGCGGCUGGUUUGCAUCCAAUUCCGUGUUCGCCUCGCUGCCGAUGUUUGUGCAGAAACUACCAGAGGGCGCAAGGACAGCCAGCCUUGUCAAUGCGAGUACGCAGAUUGGAGCUGUUUAUGCGAUCAUUUUUCAUGUGGUGGAGUACAACAAGAGUUUGGAGGAGAGAGCAAGCGUGGCUCGAUCAAUGGAGGAAAUGAACGAAAAACGACGACUCUUCAAGGAGGAGCAGCAGCGGAAGAAGGCAGCAGCUCAUGCUGCUGAAAAUGUCCACAUUGGGCAACUCGCUGCAGUCGCUGCUCUGGUGCUCUUCAUCUUUUUGUGGAUGUGGGAUGAGCAGACCAUUGAGCUAGUGGUUCUUGCGGCUCUUGCAGGUGCAGUUGGCAAUGUGGCGGACUUGACCGUGUGGCCAAUCGCACUUCAGCAUCCUAGCCGCUAUGCAGCGGCGAUCCAAAUUGGGGGCUCUGUCAGUGGAGUUGUUCCAAACAUCAUUGAGGCAUACUUGGCCGAAUUUGGCAUCAUAUGGUUCCUUGUGAUCGUGGUCCUUCUGCAGAUUUUGUUGUGGAAGGCCAUCAGCGUAAAGGAUGUAGCAGGGCCAACGCCAACAAAUUUGCUUCCCUUUGGAGAGAAGGCCAAAUGCAAUUGUGCCGGAUGUGAUGGCUGCAACUUCUCUGAGAAUCCAGGUUCUCCGACUGUCUUGAAGACACCAUGUGCCACUACCAGUGCAGAGGAGACCGACCCAAGCUCCGGUGAAGAAGAAAGUUCUAGCAGUGUGUCAAGAAUGGCUGGAAGGUUCUACAACGCCUUGCGCGGCGGUACGGACCACUGCAGAGAUGGACGCAAUAUAGUCACCUUCUACACCUCAAGCUCUUUUGUGUCAAGGGCCAUGUGCUACACAGUGCCAUCGCUUCUGCCGUUCAUUGCAAGCCCCUACACAAGGCAAGAGCAACUGUUGUACGAGCGCAUGAACACGAUGUACAACCUGGGGAAUGUUCUUGGACGAAUGCUAUGUCAAUGGUACAAGCCCCACACCGCUGGCUUGGCUUUGAGCUUUGGCUUGGUGACUUUUACCUUUACCUUUCUAUGCAUUUGUUCUGCUUGCCCAGAGCUCCUCAGCCGAAGUCUUCCUGCUGUGCCUGCACUUUGGAUCUUGCCCAUUACGGUCGGGAUCUUCAACCUAUCUGUGGGUCUUAUGUCAACUGGACUGUUUGUCCAGGCCCAUGAACGUGCACAAGCGGGAAAGUGUCCGAACACUAUCCAAGCAACCAUGGGAUUCUACGGGCAAAUUGGAUGUGUGAGUGGCAACAUGGUGAUUUUCUUGAUCAUCAACGUCCUACAUUUGCUCUAG